AUGGCCCAAUUCUACCAGCAGCAGCAACACCAACCGUACGGCGUCCCUCCACAGCAAUCGUCGGCGCAAAACCUCCAGUUUUAUCCAUCGUCAUACUCUUCAGUUUCAGGACAUACAACACCUGCCCAGGUCUCGUACGGUGGCUAUGGAGGCAGCUCGGGAUCCUCUGCCUACCCCCCAUUAGGCAGCGGAGGAGCAUCCUUUGGCGGGCCAUCUGGUUUUGGCGGUGCUGCAGAUGCAGUUAGCGGUCGAAUGGGAGAACAAGGAGGCUUACGGAUGGGCUGGUUAGCUGCGUUCGGGACGGAGGGCUAUGAUGGGGAGCCACCAUUGCUCGAGGAACUAGGGACCCUUUCCGUGCUAAAUCCAUUUGCACGCAUUGAUCAACACCUGAUGGACGAUAAUGAUUUAUAUGGUGCCCUCCUCUACAUUUUAUUGUACGGAACGUUCCUCUUAUUAUCAGGCAAAGUGUUUUACGGCUACAUUUAUGGAGUUGCUGUCUUUGGAUCCGUCAUUCUCCACCUCAUCCUCAGUCUAAUGUCACCUACCAUCGACCCAUCGACCAACGGAGCCUCGCACGACCCCACGGGUAUGAACAUGAACAUGAACAUGAACCCUUCAGACGGAGGUGGUGGGCACUUCUCGUCCACCCUAACCUUCCCUCGCUCCGCAAGCGUCUUAGGAUACUGCUUCCUCCCCCUCGUCCUAACUAGCUUGAUUGGAAUCUUGAUACCCAUGGAUACCGUGUUUGGCUACUUGCUCACGACCGCCGCAGUUGGGUGGUGCACGUAUAGCAGCUCAGGCAUGUUUUGCGCCGUGGCUCGAAUGCGCGGUAUGAGGGUCCUGGUUGCAUACCCUCUAGCACUAUUUUAUGUUGUCUUUGGGAUAAUGGGGAUCUUUUCGUCUAGGGGUGGCGGUACGUUGGUCGCUAAGGCCACUGGUGGAUGA